ACAGUAAUUCUGCCUCUGGACUUUCAUGACAACCCUUGUUCCCCUCACCAUCCUGAAGUGAGAAAAAUGAGUCGUUCGGAGGGUCUGAGGGCAAAUUCGGAUCAGUUCACUCUGGAGGGAGAGCCCUUUCACAUCCUGGGAGGCUCCAUCCAUUAUUUCCGCGUGCCCAGAGCGUACUGGGGGGACCGGCUUCUGAAGAUGAAGGCUUGUGGCCUCAACACUCUCACAACCUAUGUGCCAUGGAAUCUGCACGAGCCUGAGAGAGGAACGUUCAACUUCCAGGAACAGCUGGACCUCAGGGCCUACGUCAGUCUAGCAGCAGAGAUGGGUCUCUGGGUCAUCCUGCGUCCUGGACCCUACAUCUGCGCUGAAUGGGACUUGGGUGGGUUGCCUAGCUGGUUGUUACAAGAUAAAGAUAUGCAGCUGAGGACAACUUAUCCUGGAUUUGUAGAUGCUGUCAACCUCUACUUUGACAAGCUUGUCUCAAUUAUCAAACCUCUGAUGUUUGAAGAUGGAGGACCAAUCAUUGCAGUGCAAGUUGAGAACGAGUAUGGAUCAUAUGCAAAAGAUGAAGAAUACAUGUCAUUUAUAAAGAAUUGUCUCCAGACCAGAGGAAUCCGUGAGCUCCUGCUGACAUCAGACAACUGGGAGGGCUUGAGAUAUGGAGGAGUGGAAGGCGUUUUAAAAACAAUAAACCUUCAGAGACUGUCAUUUGGAGCGAUCCAGCACUUGGCUGACAUGCAGCCGCAGAAGCCUCUGAUGGUGAUGGAGUACUGGUCUGGGUGGUUUGAUGUGUGGGGAGAGCAUCACCAUGUGUUCCAUGCUGAGGACAUGCUAGCUGUGGUGUCAGAGAUCCUGGAGAGAGGUGUUUCCAUCAACCUGUACAUGUUUCAUGGUGGAACCAGCUUCGGCUUCAUGAAUGGAGCGAUGGACUUUGGUGGUUACAAACCUCAGGUCACCAGUUAUGAUUAUGACGCUCCCUUAAAUGAGGCUGGAGACUGCACCCAGAAAUAUCAGCUGUUGAGGAAUUUAUUCAGCCAGUACCACUCUGAGCCUCUUCCUGAAGUGCCAUCUCCACAGGGAAGGAGAGUGUACGACCCUGUUGUCAUCCAGCAGCACCUGUCACUGUGGGACAGCCUGCACUUCACUGACAAGCCUCACAGGUCAGAGAGCCCGGUGAACAUGGAGAGUCUACCUGUCAACAAUAACAACGGUCAGUCGUACGGUUACACGCUGUACGAAACCACCAUCAGCAGUGGAGGCGUCCUCAACUCCAGGAACAACAUCAGAGAUAGAGCCAUGGUUUUUGUGGACAGACAAUUUGUUGGUAGUUUGGACUAUAAGACCCACGAGCUGACACUCCCCGAUGGAAAGCAAGCGAGGACGUUGAGUUUACUCGUGGAGAACUGUGGACGGGUGAACUACGGGAAAGCUCUGGAUCAACAGCGCAAAGGAAUUGUGGGAGACAUUCUGCUGAAUCAUUUCCCUCUCAGAGGAUUUACCAUCUUCUGUUUGGAUAUGAAGCCAGGCUUUAUCAAAAGAAUAAUAAAUUCAGGUUAUUGGAAGUCUGACAUCAAGUCGCCCUGCAUCCCAGGGUUUUUCCAGGCCGGACUCUAUGUGAACGGGCCUCCCACAGACACCUUUGUCACACUCCCUGGUUGGGGUAAAGGAGUCGUGUUUGUCAACGGGCAGAACCUCGGACGCCACUGGCUCAUUGGUCCUCAGCAUUUCCUCUACCUUCCUGGAACGUGGCUCAGAAGUGGAGAGAAUCAGAUCAUUAUUUUUGAGGAACAAAAACCAGAUGACAAAAUACUGUUUGCCGAACAACCUGAUCAUGGAAAGACAAUUGAUGUUUACAAACUCCCCUUUUGUACACUGCUGUGA